AUGAAUCUAAAAACAGGUGAACUAUUUCCUUAUGGACCGAGUGCAGCAUGCUGUAAUGCCUCACUUGAAGAGUUCCGAAGUUUCAGGAAGAAACCCAGCACAAUGUUCGAGGAGAAACUCGUCGUCGGUGUGGCUGCUGCCUGUUCCACCUUGGCCAUCGUUGCCUGUUUGAUUGUGGUGCCAUCUCUGUACAGCACCAUCAACGAAAUUCACGACGAGGUUCUCGAUGGCGUCGCCGUGUUCCGCGUUGAGACCGACUCUGCCUGGAGCCAGAUGAUGAACUUCCAAAUCACUGUCACUCCUCCAACCAAGCCUCGUGAGAAUCCCUUCAACUCUAUCUUCCGUCAGAAGAGACAGAGCAAUGGUCUCCCUGCCUUCUGCCAGUGCCAGCCUUCCCAGCCCACUUGCCCACCGGGACCAGCAGGACCUCCAGGACAACCAGGACAGCCAGGACAACCCGGACAGCCUGGUCCACCAGGAGAAGACAACACCUCCACAUACGCCCCAAUCCAAUGCCCAGGACAAGACACUGGAUGCGUCAAAUGCCCAGCAGGACCUCCCGGACCAGCCGGACAAGAUGGUGCACCAGGAGGCCCUGGACCCGAUGGACAGCCCGGAGCUCCCGGAUCUCCUGGACAAGAUGGACAACCCGGUCCCCAAGGACCUCCCGGAGAUGCCGGAGCACCAGGAAACCCAGGAGCUGACGGACAGCCAGGACCUCCCGGCCAAGAUGGCACUACUGGAACAGGAACCCCCGGACCAGCUGGACCAGCUGGACCAAUUGGAGCACCCGGAAAUGCUGGAGGCCCUGGACAAGCUGGACAGCCCGGAGGACCUGGUACCCCUGGUCCUGCAGGACAGCCUGGAGCUCCAGGAAAUCCAGGAAGUGAUGGACAACCAGGACAGCCUGGAGGACCAGGUCUCCCUGGAAGUGAUGCCGCUUACUGUCCUUGCCCACCUCGUUCCACUGUGUUCGUUUCUCGCCUCGCCAAACAUUAA